AUGAAUAAGAAAGGGAUUAGACCACAUACUGCAUGCUGGGUUCCAACCUGUAAGAAUACUGUUGAUUUGAAGAAAAAAUUGUUUUAUUUAAGUUCAGCGACACCAAAAUUAAGAGAGACUUGGCUAGCAUUAGCCACGAAAUCGGCGAAGGGCAUCCCAGAUGACCAGAUUUUUUUCUGUGAAGACCAUUUCCAGGCUAUUAAUCUUGAAUUCACGAUAGAUAAUACUUUCUAUUCGCAACAACAAAAUGCCAUGAUACCAACCAGAAACAUGCCUGAUCAAGUUUGCAGGACCUGUAACGAGUUUAUUGGAAACAAGGAACCUUUGUAUACACUGAGUACUUGGGUUACUGUGGAUAUGCCUAAAGUAGUCGAGGACCGACUCACAAAUAUGAUCAGCCCGGUAGAUUCUAAACCUCUGUAUCAGAUGUUUAGUUAUUGUUUUUCAGAAUUUAAAGUACCAUCAGAUCCAGUAACAAUUAUUUGCAAUAAAUGUUAUGAAAACAUUUGGCUGUUUUUCGUUUAUAAGAAAAAUGCAAUUGUUAUCGAAGAUAUGUUAUCUCAAGAUUUUACACCAGAAGAAUACGGCCAAACUGUCCUUUGUAGAACCUGCAGUAUAGAGACGUCCAAUUUUUUUAAUUUGGACGAUGUUAGCGAACUUGGCACAUUGUUGCAAGAUAUACUUAUGAAACGGUAUCCUCCUAAUUUGGUUCCAUUGAGAGUAUGCCUCAAUUGUUAUAAUACCCUUCAAAAAAUCAAUGGUUUUCAUAAAACUUUUAUGAACACUGAAAAGAUUAUAAAGAGGCGCUCCCUUUUGAAUGAAAAAUUAAAAAUGUUCAACUCUAACUCACCUAGAACUCUUCCGGCCAUUCAAAUUGAGGAUAAACAAGGUCUUCUUAAAAAAUGCGAAAAAGAAAAUUUAAUCUUGGCUAAUCUGAUGUUGCAAUAUGGCCAAAAACUUCGAAAUAAUCUCCAUGUUAUUGAAAAUUGGACACCUAUUUGUCAUAAAUUAGAAGAGCACAAAAUAAAUCACAAUGUGCCUAGUUUGAUCAACAACUGGAAAAGAUUGGAGAAAAUGUCUCAAAAAAAAUUGCUGAAUAAAACUCCAUUGUCAGAGUUAGAAGAACUCGUUUUACAAUUUAUAAAUAUUCCAUCAAAUCAACCUAACCUCGAUGUCACCACAGUUAUUAAAAAAGAUUCAUCUGGACUUUCGAAGAGUAAUCCUAACCUCGACGUCGACAUAGUCAUUAAAAAGGAUUCACUGGAACUUUCGAAAAGUAAUCCUAACAUUGACGUCACCACAGUCAUUAAAAAAGAUUCAUCUGGACUUUUGAAGAGUAACUCUUCACAGUGCCUGCCUGCGAAAAGCACAAAUCAAGUUCCUGAUGGCAAACAGGAGAAAAUAGAAUUAAGGCUACCACCCAGCACGAAUCAACUUGGAGGUAGAGAGGACUCUUGCCAAACAAAGGUGGCUGUAGAAAAGGAUCACAAAGAAAGUUUGACAAAUGUUGUGCGAAAAAAAAGGGGUCGGCCAUCAACAUUUAAUUACAGCAAUAAACUAAUAUUGGCAAAAGCAAUAUGUGCAGAAUUUAAUAAGAUACCAGUUAGUGAAAGAACAAAUAAAUCUUUGUGGAAAGAUGUGAUUAAACAAGUUUAUAAUAAAAAAGUCCUCCCUAAUCUUACGUUAGCACAAUUGCAUGUCAAAUGGAUCAACUUGAAGAGAUCAGCCACUAUUUAUGAAAAAAACGGUCCGGAUGAGAUAGAUAAUAUGAUUUGGGGACUUUUAAAGAACGUUAGUGACCAAAAAGCAUUGAACAAGAGCCCUAUGAAAACAAACACUGAAGGAAGUGACGAUUGUCUUGAAGACAGUGAAACGGAUGAGCUGAAUAUUAUUAAAAGCACUAAUAAAUCUCAGUCAAAAGAAGAACCGUCUAAAGUUGAGGCAAAGAUGGCGGUAAAGCGUCAAUUUAGUUUUACCAAUCCUGACGAUAAAAAACUAAACGAAAAAUCACCAAACGUCGACCUAGAGACAAACCCUAUUACUAAAAAACUAAAACCAACAAAUGUCGACUUAGAGAUGUUAAGGCGUCAACUUUUUGUGGCAGUUAAAGAUGUUUAUGAGGAAAUUGUGAAAAAUAACUUACAAACCAUUAAACGUGGCGGAAUUUGGCAAGCUGUAUUUAACGAACUCUACGGCAAACGGCGUUUUGACUUACUUAGCAGAAAAGAUGCAGAUAAAACUUGGACCUUAUUAAAAGCAAAAGUAUACAAUGAUUCAGUAAGGAAGCCAUCAUUUGAGGGAUUUUAUUAUGAGGUCCAUCUGUUUUUGGAAAAAGUAAGAACCGAUAGAGAAGCUUCGAAAAAGCUGGAGUAUAAACGUCAAGAUGGACAAUCAAAAGAAAAUGUGAAUGUUAAUAGUAGUAAAAGUAAAGUUAGUUCAACAAAAUCCAGUGCCUCCUCAAAUCCUCCUAAGGUAACAACAAAAGGAUCAUGGGUUGGUAAACAUCAAAAACCUGAAAUUACUAAUAAUUCAGAACCAGACGGCUCUUCUUUCUAUGUUGAUCCAGAAAUGAUAAUGAAACGACGUCUUUUCAUGGACAUAAAAGACACGUUUAAAGAAAUGCGGCAAAAUGGGUUAUUUAAAUGUAAAAUUUGGAGAGAAAUUUUUAAUAUAAUGUAUGAUGAAAGAGGUUAUGACUUAAUUAAAAGACCCAAGGCAGAAGUAAUGUGGUCCUCGAUAAGAAUAAAAGCUAACAAUGAUAUGGUAAAAAGCAAAACAUGUUCUGACUUCUAUAAGGAGGUGUACCGAUUUGUUCAAAAAACAAAAAGAAGCAUAUCUCAACUUGAAAAGCGUGCAAAAAAAGGAAAAGUCGUUGAAACUUCUGUAGCAAUCAAGAAGGCACGUUCCAAACCUAUACCGGUUCCUGUAGUUAAUAAAACUGUUACUGACAAUGUAGUGAAUAAAAAUAGUUCUACUGCCGUUCCUGAAAAAUCAACUCCGGAGAAAAAGGUCAAAGAUAGUGAGCCAGUUCCUAUGGGUAAAGACAUUAAUCAAGUAAAAUUCUGGACUGAAGAAGAAAAAUUGAAUUAUCUCUCGAUAAUGUCUGACAAUGAACCUUAUAUGCAUAAUAAAAAAGAGUAUUGGUUAAAAGUUGUAGCUGACUUUAAAAAACAAAAUGAACGCAUUCUGUCUGAUACAGGUAUACUUAUGCAAUGGCCGAAUUUGCAAGAACGGUUAAUGAUAAGGGAAAAGAAUCAAAUGAAUUUAGAUGCCGUUGACAAAAUGGUAAAAAUCUUAAUUGGUAAAAUUAAUAAAGAUAUUCCAAAAAAAAAUGAUGUCACAACCAAUAAGGAUACCACAACCAAUAAAGAUACCACAACCAAUAAAGAUACCACAAACAAAAACGACACCACAACCAAUAAAGAUACCACAAACAAAAACGACACCACAACUAAUAAUGAUACCACAACCAAAAAUAAAAGUGCGAAAACCAGCGUUUCGAAAUCGAUUAAUCCAGUGGCUGCAGGAAGCAAAAGAAUAAAAAGAGAAAUGGCACCACUUCCUCAAUCGUCACAAUCGAGCAUGAGUUGCGAUUUAACUUAUGACUAUGUUUCCUUAGAAGACUUACAACAAAGUACAACGUGGGAUAUGCCAAAUUUGAAAAUUGAACAAAACGAAAUACAUUUUGUGGUAGCUAAAGUGGAAGGCGGCGUCGCUUUAGAUACUUCUGUUCCAACACUAGCCGAUGCAGGAGGAGGAGAAGAUAGUAGAGAAGAUGUUGCAGUGAAUCAGAGUUACGUUGGUGCCAAUGAUCUUAUGACCAUUGAAUCAGAGUCGGAUGAAGAAUGA